GGGAGCACCGGCAGGUCAUGUGAUGGCGGCGGCGGAGGGCUGGCAGGGCGGCGCGGGAACGACCCACGGUGCCUCCCGGUGGGAUGAGGCAGGCGGUGGCAGCCUCCCCGGUGGCAGCCGAGACGCAGCAGCUGCGGAGCGUUCCGGCCCCAGCUCCAGCGGCGGCGGCACCGGCGCGACGGCGGAGAUGGGGUUUGCGGAACAAGCGGCGGCCGGGCCCAGCGCCGUGCCCGUCGGCUGGCAGAGGUUGGUGAAGCGCAGGCAGUCAGGCAGGACGGCGGGGAAGAUCGACGUGUACUUCAUCAGCCCUGACGGAAGCAAGCUGCGAUCCAAAAAGUCCCUCGCGGAGUAUUUAAGGAAAUCUGGGGAGACAUCGCUGAAAGUGGAAGAUUUUGAUUUUGCAAACCCUAAUGGGAAGAGGAGGAGAUAUUUCAGUGUGAAAAGCCCCAGCACAAAAGCCCUGAGAAGUGGUUCAGAGAAUGAGGAUCCUCACAGUCAAGUGCAAGGCCUGCAAAAUGAUGCAGAGGAUGGAAUUCAAAGCGUUCAGACUGGGAAUGAGCACCUGGGAGACACUUCAUGCACUUUGGAAAGCCAAGAGUUGAUCGAGAAAGAAGAGUCUGUCCCACGGACACAAGUGGAUAGGAGGAAAACAAGUCCAUAUUUUUCAAGCAAAUACAGUAAAGAAGAUCCCAGUCCACCUAGAAGGAAGGCCCGCAGAAAAUGGACUCCUCCACGUUCUCCUUUUAAUCUAAUCCAAGAAACACUUUUCCAUGAUCCAUGGAAACUUCUCAUUGCAACCAUAUUUCUCAAUAAAACCUCAGGUAAAAUGGCAAUUCCUGUACUCUGGGAGUUCCUUAAGAAAUACCCUUCUCCUGAAAUAACCAGGACUGCAGACUGGAAAGAGAUGUCAGAGCUGAUCAAACCUCUUGGCCUCUAUGAGCUCAGAGCAAAAACAAUCAUCAGGUUCUCAGAUGAGUACCUGAGCAAGCAAUGGAAGUACCCCAUUGAGCUGCACGGCAUUGGCAAGUAUGGGAACGACUCCUACAGGAUCUUCUGUGUCAAUGAGUGGAAGGAGGUACAGCCACAGGACCACAUGUUAAACGUGUACCACACAUGGCUCUGGGAGAACCGGGACAAACUGCACAUAGGCUGAGGCACUGGGAAGGUGCCCACCUUCUGGUCUUCACAGCUUUAUGUGCUCUGCACAGUGGGUUACUCUGACCAAGUUCUUACAUCAAGUAUUUAUCUGUGUGUUGCACCCAGUAUUGGUCAUUGUUGCCAUGUCAUGUUUCCAAACCCUGGGUUUUAAUAAACGUACCCCAGUUUUUGUAG